AUGUUCAACGCGCUCAACCGGUUCAUGUCCCGGCUGGAUGGUGGUGACGCGCAUCAAGGGCAGCAGGAGCGGGGGUCGUUUGGCUUCCAGGUGCUGCGAAACACAAACCUACAGCUAGCAAUCGAACCGUGGUUCGACUUCGUCGUUGGGAUCAACGGGCGCCCAAUUGACAACCCAGACCCGAGCUUGUUUGCUCAAGAAAUACGAAACUGCGCCGGCGGCAAUGUAUCACUAGGUAUCUGGAGCGCCAAGGGGCAACGAACGCGAGAGAUGCACAUCCCCGUCCCGGCCGACACGGCCUCGCUCGGUCUCUCCCUGCAGUACUCGCCGCUGUCCCUCGCCGCCAACAUCUGGCACGUGCUCGACGUGCCCACCAACUCGCCCGCCGACCUCGCCGGCCUGCUGCCCUACAGCGACUACGUGCUGGGCAGCCCCGAGGGCGCGCUGCACGGCGAGUCGGCGCUCGGCGAGCUGGUCGAGGACUUUGUCGGCCGCCCGCUGCGUCUCCACGUCUACAACAACGAGUACGACGUCACGCGCGAGGUGACGAUACAGCCCAGCCGCGAAUGGGGCGGCCACGGCGCCAUCGGCUGCACCCUCGGCUACGGCGCGCUGCACCGCCUGCCCGCGCCGCUGAGCGAGCCCGUCGACGCCCCUGGCGAGACCAUGUUCGACGGCGGCCACGAGAAGGCGGCCACGGUGGCGGCGGACGCGGCGACAGAGGCGGCGGCGGCGCAGGGGGGCGACACGACGUUCUUGGUGCCCGCGCAGAUGGUGGACCGCACGGCGUCGCCGGCCGGUGGCGCGCCCAGGGCGGCCAAGAAGAAGGAGAAGCAUGGGCAUGCGAGUAAUACAAUGAUGGACGACUAUUUCAAAGAAGAGGAGGAAAAGAGCCGAAAGCUGGAUAACGCGCCAGCGUCGAAAUCAGCGGGUGUGCCUCCGCCUCCUAAGGCUGGUGAGGGACCACCUCGAGGCCCGGCGACAACGUCACCGCCUGCCACUGAAGAAGCCGCGUGA